AUGGAGGCUCUCGCGGGCGCCGCAUCCUCCUCCACUCUCCCCGUGUGCCACCCGCCUUCCCGCGUGGCCGCGCAGUCCCUCGCGCUCCGCCCUAGCCGCUGCGGUCCCCUCCGCGCGGCCGGCGCCGGCGGUGGCAGUGGCAAGGACGACGCCCAGGCCGCCCCCGCCGCCAACGGGUCUCCCGUCCUCAAGCUGAAGAGCGAUUCUAGUCAAAAUGGAGUCCUACCGAUCACGGCUGACAAGUCGCAGAAGGCUUCAUCAACCAGCGUUAGUACUGACUCAAGUGGAUCCAGAGCUGGCCUGUUUAGAACACCGAUAUCAGGUGGUGUGCAGAGUGCAACUUCCGCUCACGGUCUACCUCCGCCAGCUUUGGCCGUUCGCAAUUUGAUGGAACAGGCGCGGUUUGCCCACCUGUGCUCUGUCAUGUCUGGCAUGCAUCACCGCCGUGCUGGAUAUCCGUUUGGUUCACUUGUCGACUUUGCUAAUGAUUCAAUGGGCCACCCAAUUUUUUCACUGUCACCCUUAGCAAUCCAUACGAGGAACUUACUCGCUGACCCAAGAUGCACUCUUGUUGUCCAGGUGCCUGGAUGGAGUGGACUGUCAAACGCGAGAGUCACCAUAUUUGGUGAUGUUUACCCUUUGCCAGCUGAACAACAGGAAUGGGCACAUAAGCAAUAUGUAGCAAAACAUCAGCAGUGGGCAUCACAGCAGUGGGGAAAUUUUUACUAUUACAGGAUGCACAACAUAAGUGACAUAUACUUCAUCGGGGGCUUUGGAACUGUUGCAUGGAUAGAUGUUAAGGAGUAUGAAACUAUUCAACCUGACAAGAUAGCGGUUGAUGGUGGUGACUUGCAAAGUUUAAAGGAGUUGAAUGCUAUUUUCUCUAAACCACUUCGAGAGGUCUUAUCAUCAGAAGGGGAGGUCGAUGAUGCUGCUCUUAUAUCAGUAGAUAGCAAAGGGAUUGACAUACGUGUUCGUCAGGGUGCACAGUUCAAUAUUCAGAGGCUAGCAUUUGAUGUCCCUCACAAGGUUGAGACUCUGGAGGAAGCCAAGAAAGCACUCCACAAGAUAAUCAAAGACAAGCAGCAAAUAAAGUGA